AUGGCUUCUCCGAUCAGGGACCUGGAGCCGGGUUCUCUCUACGUAACCAUUUCUCUCCCGUACCACAUCGAAGACGCCGAUGCAGCAUCGAGGCACAACUUCCACCCCAAAUCGUCUCGCGGACUUGACAUAGCCACGUACGAAAUCCACUGCGCUCAGGACCUAGCCCAGGAAGAGUUCAACUGGGGCCUCUACUUCCACCGUGGAAAUCAGGACGGCAUCUGGUAUGCUUUGGCAAGACAAGACGUGAUAAGCUACCCUGCCCCCACGCUCUUCCAGCUAUCACGGCAGCAAAUCAAGAGCUCGCCGCGCCUUCAUUGUCAGGUUGUCGGUCUGGUGAGAGUUUUACGCAUUCCAGAAAUCCUGUGCAGAGAGCUCACAACCUACCUUGACUGGCUGGCACUGGGGUCAUAUGGCACCGUGACGCGCACAUUUAUAUGGGUAACGUCCAUGUAUAUUCGAACCUGGCACCACGUCAUCCCCAAACCGGAGAAUCCAGCCUUGAGGUAUGGAAUUCAGUUUGAUGUCAACUUGUUCCUUCGAGAGGCUCUGAGCUUCGCCUAUGCCGAGGUGCCGUACACAAUAGGCGGCCAGCUUCCCCGACCAAUCAUCAGAUCAGCUUUCGGCGUUGAGCUGGGUAUUACCGAAGAAAACAGAUGCAGCAAGAACGAGACACGAACAAUCGUCGAGGCUCGGAACAGGAGACAAGGGUUUCCGGGGUCAUCUGCUUGCCAGGGUGACGGGUUUUAA